CAAAGCCACUUCCCUGCAUGUUCCCUCUUCGCUGUACUCGUACUCCCGUGUGGUGUGUUGAGUGAUUGAAGGAGUGUGACUGAACUGACGUACCAGCCACAAACCCCCCCCAAGGGCUUGUCAUUCCUGUCUACCACAUGCUCCUCUCCCUCUCCUCCUCCUCCUGGCACUGAAAAUGUCCACAUGAUGCCAUCAUGCCCCCUUCUUUCCCUUUUGCCGCUUCUCGUUGAAUAGAAAAGAAAAAUUCUACAUUCCCCUCGAGGUUACCUUGUCUGUAUUGUAUACGAACUCGCUCUACUCUACUCGUACUCUUACAACAGAUACACUUGGGGGAAUUUGUUCCAUUCCUCCCUCGAAGCACACUGUCACAGUAUAUAUUGUCGAUCGAGCUACCCGUCUCCCCUCCCCGCCCGACUCCAUCUCCCAUACAUCCCCCAAACCGUCGCACUGUAUCCCCAAGGUGGUCAAUCAUGGAAGGUGCAAAGAAUUGGUACAACAAACAAUACGAGAAUUGGGUACCAUGGGUAGAAGAUAAGGUCUUGGGAUGGUGGGGUGAAAACAAGACCAGUUACGUCGCAAAAGACAAACUGGGUCAAACCAAGAUCACCGGCGACCAAAACGUCGACGCCGUUCAGGAUGGCGUCAACGAGGGAGUCGGGGGUCAACUGGGUAAAGGCGGUGUCCUGGAGGGAGUGGGAAACUUGACUUCCAAGGAGGUCUUGACCAGGUCGGAACGUCAAGGCAAAAAUGACAAGGGAGGAUAUAUUUGAAAGGGAAAUCUCUCCGGUCGAGUCGAGAACUCGCGGAACAGAAUCGAACAAUCUCAACACGGCGUACGAGUAACGGAAGUCACGAGUUGCGCGCCAUAUCUCCCUCGAUGUUUUUUAGUUUGUAGACCGGACACGAUGGGUGACGUUUGUACUUGUUCGUGAGGUAAAUGGUGGACGGGAUUUGUGAGCAUACCAAAACACACCGCCCGAUUGGUGAUACAAAACCCUCCAGGAGGGAGUACUCUGUCAGGAUUGGUGGCUUUUUUAUUUGUGACUGUUGUCGUUUUGACAAUGUCAUCGCGUUACUAUGUAUUGACUUGAUGAUUUGGUUGCCGCGAGACAAAACCAUGAGGACGAAAAUAGUCUAGAUAGUGGUCCACGAUGAUAGCUACGAACUUAUUGACGCUGGAGGUAGUUCCAGUAUUACUA